UUUAUUAUCUUGCAUUCGCAAGCUGUUUUCAACUCGAUCAUUCGAUCUUUGGCUACCUACACGGGCUACACAUACGCACAGUGGUUGAAGUGAAUUGAAUGCAAUCAGCGCAUUUAAAAUGAAUUUCAAAAACAAAGUGGUGUUAGUGACCGGCGCUGGUGCGGGAAUAGGUAAAGCCAUAGCCCUACUGUUCGCUGAGCGAGGAGCGCGACUUGCGAUUGUCGAUCGCAAUGCGCAGAAUCUACGCGCAGCCGCAGACGCAUGCGCGAAGGACGAACGGCCUCUGGAGAUCGUGGCGGAUCUAUCAACUGAUGAAGGGUGCGAGAAAACGGUUAAGGAAACUUUGGAGCGUUAUGGAAGAUUAGAUGUCCUGGUAAACAAUGCAGGUGUUGGUGCACGCACGGAUUUGUUGCAUACGGACAUGGCGAUUUUUGACAAGGUUUUCAACACGAACGUAAGAGGCGUGUACAAUCUCACGCGGCUACUGGCGCCUUCGCUCAUCGAAACCAAGGGGAACAUCGUCAACAUAUCCAGCGUCAUGGGCACCUCAGUGUUGGUAGGAGGUUUGCCUUACAGCAUGACGAAGGCUGCACUUGACCAUUUCACUCGACUGAUCGCCCUCGAGUUGGCUCCUAAAGGCGUAAGAGUCAACGCAGUGAGCCCAGGAGUCACAGUCAGUGAGUUCGUCCAGACCGUAACCGGCAUGAGCGACGGGCAAUACUCUGAAUACCUAGCCAACAUGGCGCUGGGCAUACCAAUGGGGCGCGUCUGUCAGCCCGAGCACGUGGCUAAGAUGGUCGUGUUCCUAGCCAGUGAGGACUGCGACCUGGUCACGGGGACUGUGGUUAAGGUCGAUGGGGGAGUAGAGUUGUCCGUGGAGUCUAAUCAUAUUAAGGAGCAGUUUAAGAAAAAAUAAUGCUAUAAUUAAACGCUAAGUUAAGAAGGUUGAAAAAACCGUUUCGAGAAUGGAUAGGUACCUAAUGCCCUCGCGCUUCGCUUAGCUCAUAUUGGCGAGCGAACCAUUAAUGUAUACCUGUAAGUUUUUUUUAAUUCUGCACUGAAAUUAUGGCAUAUUGAAUAAAAGACGAUAGAAAAG